UGGAAGGGGCCUUAGAGAUCAUCUAGUCCAGUGUUUCCCAACCCAAACUGUACAACGGACAGCAGCGUCAGCCUUUAUACCAGAAAGCUGGCGGGUACCAUGGGAAAAAAGCAAAACAAGAAGAAAGUGGAAGAAGUACUAGAAGAAGAGGAAGAAGAAUAUGUGGUGGAAAAAGUCCUUGACCGGCGAGUGGUGAAGGGCAAAGUGGAGUAUCUCCUGAAGUGGAAAGGCUUCUCCGAUGAGGACAACACUUGGGAACCAGAGGAGAACCUGGAUUGCCCUGACCUCAUUGCUGAGUUUUUACAAUCACAGAAAACAGCCCAUGAGACAGACAAGACAGAGGGAGGCAAACGCAAAGCUGAUUCAGAUAAUGAAGAUAGGGGAGAGGAGAGCAAACCAAAAAAGAAGAAAGAGGAGUCAGAAAAGCCCCGAGGCUUUGCCCGAGGUUUGGAGCCAGAAAGGAUAAUCGGGGCUACAGAUUCCAGUGGGGAGCUGAUGUUCCUGAUGAAAUGGAAAAAUUCUGAUGAAGCGGACCUAGUUCCUGCUAAGGAAGCCAACAUCAAGUGCCCCCAAGUGGUCAUCUCCUUCUAUGAGGAGAGGCUGACGUGGCAUUCUUACCCUUCAGAGGAUGAUGACAAGAAAGACGACAAAAAUUAAUUCCAUCAUGUGCCAGCCUCUGUGUCCCUCAGACUGUGGAUUUGAAAUGGGGAGGAUAGGAGUUCUGCUUGUCUUGACACCAUAGAGGGGGCUUGAGAAGAUGUCCUUUGAAGAGUCAGUAUGAUUCCUGUGCCCUGCAGCAGCAUCCCAAGGGCUUUAGGCAAUUCUGUGCUGUACACUUUGCAAACCUGUCCCAGUGGAGGGGAAAAGUGUUUGGGGCACCCCAUUCCUCACUUUGCUGAGAGGAGAAGCAAAGGCCCUUCCAUGAAGGACAGACCUUGUGGAGCAGGUGUGGGGUCGAACAAAGAGAUACUGCAGCUCUUCAAAGAGCAUCUCCACAACCCAUGGCCGCCUUCCCAAUAGUGUUAACUCUGCAUUUUUACCACGUAGCAUGUGUGUAGUUUUUGGCUAUUACUGGUGUAUCAUUUGGAGGGGGUGGGGGAAGGGAUAAAGGGAAUGAGUAG